GCUACGUUCGCCGAGCAAAACUGCUUCUGAUACUGUGCAUAGUCGUUCGUGCCUCAGUUCAUUUUAUAGUUUCAAACGGUCGGACGAUCAGAAUUCCGGUUAAUUUUUUGGCAAGAACAAAAUGCGAAGUAACCGGCUUACGUGAUUCAUUAGUACGUGAACUUAACGACCGAUAGAUACUACGAUCGAAAAAAACAUUUUACAAGUACGCUCCAUUGCUUUGUAAUACGUGAAAGUGACAAGCGAGAAAAGAAAUCCCCGACAUCUGUUGAUUCGCCGAUAUAUUUUCGCAUUCUAUGAAUAAAUCGCGCGCCGACAGAAUAUAUACAUUCCCUUCGUGUAUUCGAUAGCGUAUUUCGUACUAUUGCCAUUCGCGAAGUGUUUAUAGAUAAUUUGAUCUAUAAAUAUCGAAACAAAACUUGGAAGGAUUUAAAUUUGGGUCGUACGACUGUGGAUACCGCCCGGCUAGUCUAUUUUAAAAUUUUACGAAUCCUCUUGUUUUGACUUCGACACCUUCCAGACGGGCCGUUUAUUUUUCUCAAACAAUAUCCCGAUUUUGUUAAAGUGACUACAAUAUGGGGAUGAUAUUAUCAAGAUUUCAUAAAAAGAAAACAACAAUUGAAAUCUUAGAGGAUCUUGAUAAGAAAAUUAAAGACAUAGAAAGAUAUGGGCAUAUCACGGAGCAGAAGCACAAAAGAAUAGUUGGCACUCUUAUUCUUUACAGUGCCAUACUUUAUAUAAUAACUGCAUUUGUUUUUUAUUUAUGUUUCUUUCCAGCGUCAUUAUAUGAUCAAAUAUUUUAUAUUAUUCCAUUACUGAUUUUUCCAAUACUAAUACUACUUACAAAAAAGUUGGUUACAUGGUACUAUAAACGUAAAAUUUCUGAAAAUGAAGAAAAGUUAAGUUCAAUGCAGAUAGAGAAAAAGAAAAUUUUAGACGAUGUUACAGAAACAGAGACGUAUAAAAAGGCUAAAGAAAUACUUUUAAAGUUUGCUCCAGAUCAGUUAAAAAUAACAUCUUUAUCUCCACAGCCAACAUUUAGAGUAUCAACUCCAAUGGAAACGUCUCUAAAAGCAAGACAAAAUAUGCCACAGAAUAUAUCCCCAUUGUCUAGUUCUGGGGAAAUGAGGAAAAGAGUAAUAACAAGUCAAAAUCAAUCAUUAAAUACGCAAAGUGGAAUGCCCACUAACGCUGGCCUUGUCCCCGUUGGCGCGGCUCCUAUUCGAAAUACACCAGUCACUCCUUUUCAAAGUGGUGUUAGACCUACUGUUCCAGCUAUGGCUUAUCGAUCGCCUUUACCGCGUCCGGUGUUACCUCGUCAAAGGAAUUAUUUAGAUCGAUUGGUUGAAUACAUAGUUGGUGAUGGCCCAUCAAGUCGAUAUGCACUUAUUUGCAAACAUUGCGAGUCGCAUAACGGAAUGGCAUUGAAAGAAGAAUUUGAAUAUCUUGGAUUCAGAUGUUGUUAUUGCAACUUUUGGAAUCCUGCAAGAAAACAAAAGCCUUCCGCGCAAAAAUUGGAGUUUUGCGCGACUCCUCAACAGAAUUCGUCGUUAUUAGGCACACCAGAACAUGUGCCAGCUGCUACAAAUUCCGAAUCAGUGAAGCAUACUCAAAUUGAGUCAUCAAGUCCGUCGGAUACAGACUCGGAUAUCGAAGUAAUUGAGAGACCAACGGAAAUAUCUGAAGACACUGAACACACUACAGCACAAAUAAAGAAAAAAUGUGACGAGUCAGAUACAGAAGAAGUCAACACAGAAGAAACCAACACAGAGGAAGCCUACACAGACAUCAAUACAGUAGAAGCUAAUAAACGUGAUGAAAGUGUUGAAAAAAUGGACAUCGACGAAUCUUUCUCCUAACAAGAACAUGUUCUCAAUGAAAUUGCGACAUGAAACAUUUUGUUAUGAACCGUACUACAAUUGGUUUGUAGUAUACAGGUGUAUAGGUUUACAAAUAUGUGUAGCAAAAAUGUAAAUACUAUAUUACUUGAAUAGUCAAAAAGCAACAAGUAUCAUACUAAACGGUAGAUGGUAAUAUAGUAUUUGCGUGACCUAUAUAAAUGCUAUAUUCUCGUAUUCGAAUGAGAAGUCAUUCCAAAUUGUUCUUGUCUAAUUCUUGUUAGGAUUUUGCGUAACUGUAAAAUGAAGCAAAGUUAUCACAAGUACUUAGAAGAUAUUAUUAAUAUAAUAUCUUGUCGAUCCCUUUAAAAGUUUUGCUUCAUCUAUCCGUUACCUAUAAAAUCGUGAAGUUUUAUAAUGUAUUGAAGAAUUUUUAGAAAUCGUUUAUUCUUAUAAAGAUCGUAAAUUAUCCGAAUCAUUACAAAAACGCCCACGUUGAAAAUUGUAGUCAGUGAUCAAUUUUAUGUAAGACUGCUUAUCUCGUCAAUAGUGGACAUUAGUAUUUAUAGUAGAUAAAAAUCGUUUCCUUCUUAUAAAAUCAUAGUAAAUUUGAUUUUUCUUUACAUUCUUAUCAUUUUUAAUGUUAAAUAAUCUUUUUCGUUUUUUCAUUAAGUGCAUGCUGCUUUUUGUACUCGUAAGAUAUUAAAGGGAUACAAAUUGAAUGCUAAACGGUACUUUUGGUAAAUUACACGUUUAAUAUUAUAUGUUGUGGAUGGUAUAAAUUUUCUUAUGUCUAUAUUUAUGUAAAAGAAGAAAAUAUGCAAGAUGAUAUUUCACUUUUCCUUUUAACUUCUGCUAAACUUUUAGUAAAUAUGUUAUUAUAAUGAGAACAUAUAUUUUAUGCUCUACAAUUUAUUUAGGCGCCAGAGAAAAAUUGGCAUUCAGUAUAGCAAACGAUAACUACAGUUACUUUUCAAUUUAUACAUAGGUGACGCAGAAAAUUCAUAAAAAAAAAAGGAGAUUCUUGUCUUUAGAAAAGAUGAGAUCGUUUUAUUUUCUUUACGAUUAUUACCGAAUGCUUUUAUUUCAAGCAGUGUUUAAAGCAUAGUGUUUGAUGUAAAACUUAAUGUGAUUUAAAAUUUGUA